CGCCAUCUUGGCCGCCAUUUGCGAACGGCCCUGAGCUCGGAGGCGAGGGGGCUGUAGCAGCGGGGCCGCCUUGGCCGCCCCUCUCCUCGGACUGGUCUCGGGCCGCAGCCGUCGCUCUGGCCUCCACGUCACCCGCUCCGCGGCGGCCGGAAGCGCAGCGCAGCGCGCGCCCGAGGUGUGAUCGCCGCGUCCCCGCGCCUCCUAGGGCCGCGGCGGCGGCGUUCCCCUCGGAGGCCGCAGCUCGCGGGCCGCCGCGAUGGCCCUCAAGAUGGUCAAGGGCAGUAUCGACCGCAUGUUCGACAAGAACCUGCAGGAUCUGGUGCGCGGCAUCCGCAACCACAAGGAGGACGAGGCCAAGUACAUCUCUCAGUGCAUCGACGAGAUCAAGCAGGAACUGAAGCAAGACAACAUCGCUGUAAAGGCCAACGCCGUCUGCAAGCUCACCUACUUACAGAUGCUUGGGUACGACAUCAGCUGGGCUGCCUUCAACAUUAUUGAAGUCAUGAGUGCCUCCAAGUUCACAUUCAAGCGUGUCGGCUACCUUGCCGCCUCCCAGUGCUUCCACGAGGGCACCGAUGUCAUCAUGCUGACCACCAACCAGAUCCGCAAGGACCUGAGCAGCCCCAGCCAGUACGACACUGGAGUGGCACUGACUGGUCUGUCCUGUUUUGUCACCCCAGAUCUUGCCAGAGACCUGGCAAAUGACAUCAUGACCCUGAUGUCUCACACGAAGCCGUACAUCAGGAAGAAGGCAGUCCUGAUCAUGUACAAAGUGUUCCUCAAGUAUCCCGAGUCGCUGCGUCCCGCCUUCCCCCGGCUCAAGGAGAAGCUGGAAGACCCAGACCCAGGGGUGCAGUCUGCAGCUGUUAAUGUUAUUUGCGAGCUAGCACGUCGCAACCCUAAGAACUACCUGUCCUUGGCCCCGCUGUUUUUCAAGCUCAUGACAUCCUCCACUAACAACUGGGUCCUUAUCAAGAUCAUCAAGCUGUUCGGCGCCCUGACUCCCCUGGAGCCCAGACUGGGCAAGAAGCUGAUCGAGCCUCUCACCAACCUGAUUCACAGCACCUCUGCCAUGUCUCUGCUGUACGAGUGUGUGAAUACCGUGAUUGCAGUGCUCAUCUCAUUGUCUUCGGGCAUGCCCAACCACAGCGCCAGCAUCCAGCUCUGCGUUCAGAAGUUGAGGAUACUGAUUGAAGACUCAGACCAGAACCUAAAGUACCUGGGGCUGCUGGCCAUGUCUAAAAUCCUGAAGACACACCCCAAGUCCGUGCAGUCCCACAAGGACCUGAUCCUGCAGUGCCUGGAUGACAAGGAUGAGUCCAUCCGCCUACGCGCCCUCGACCUGCUCUAUGGAAUGGUGUCCAAGAAGAACCUGAUGGAGAUCGUGAAAAAGCUGAUGACCCACGUGGACAAGGCCGAGGGCACCACCUACCGCGAUGAACUUCUCACCAAGAUCAUUGACAUCUGCAGCCAGUCCAACUACCAGCACAUCACCAACUUCGAGUGGUACAUCAGCAUCCUUGUGGAGCUGACACGACUGGAGGGUACCCGCCAUGGCCAUCUCAUCGCUGCACAGAUGCUGGAUGUGGCCAUCCGUGUCAAGGCCAUUCGCAAAUUUGCUGUGUCCCAGAUGUCUGCACUGCUUGACAGUGCUCACCUGGUGGCUAGCAGCACCCAGCGCAAUGGCAUCUGUGAGGUGCUCUAUGCUGCUGCUUGGAUCUGUGGGGAGUUCUCAGAGCACCUACAGGAGCCCCAGCAAACUCUGGAGGCCAUGCUGCGGCCCAAGGUCACCACACUGCCCGGCCACAUCCAGGCUGUGUAUGUGCAGAACGUGGUAAAGCUGUACGCGUCCAUCCUACAGCAGAAGGAGCAGGCUGCCGACACGGAGGCUGCACAGGAGGUCACCCAGCUGCUGGUGGAGCGGUUGCCACAGUUUGUGCAGAGUGCUGACUUGGAGGUGCAGGAGCGGGCGUCCUGCAUCCUGCAGCUGGUCAAGCAUGUGCAGAAGCUGCAGGCAAAAGGCGUGCCGGUGGCUGAGGAAGUGAGCGCCUUGUUCGCUGGUGAACUGAACCCCGUGGCCCCCAAGGCUCAGAAGAAGGUCCCAGUUCCUGAAGGGCUUCCUACCUUUCCAUCUCUGAGUCUUCUCUCCGGGGUUGUGGAAUCCUGCCUUGCCUGCCUAGACCUGGAUGCCUGGAUCAAUGAGCCACCUUCGGACAGUGAGUCUGAGGAUGAGAAACCCAAGGCCAUCUUCCAUGAAGAGGAGCCAAGGCACACACGGCGCCGGCAGCCUGAGGAGGAUGAGGAGGAGCUGGCACGGCGACGAGAGGCCCGGAAGCAGGAGCAAGCCAACAACCCUUUCUACAUCAAGAGCUCCCCGUCCCCACAGAAGCGAUACCAGGACACACCAGGCGUAGAGCAUAUUCCUGUGGUACAGAUCGACCUCUCAGUGCCUCUGAAAGUUCCAGGCAUGCCCAUGUCAGACCAGUACGUAAAGCUGGAGGAGCAGCGGCGGCACCGGCAGCGGAUGGAGAAGGACAAGAAAAGGAAGAAGAAGGAGAAGGGCAAGCGCCGCCACAGCUCUCUGCCCACAGAGAGUGAUGAGGACAUCGCCCCUGCCCAGCGCGUGGACAUCGUCACCGAGGAGAUGCCUGAGAAUGCUCUGCCUAGUGAUGAGGAUGACAAAGAUCCCAAUGACCCCUACAGGGCGCUGGACAUUGACUUGGAUAAGCCCUUGGCUGACAGCGAGAAGCUGCCUGUCCAGAAACACAGGAAUGCUGAGGCUGUGAAGUCCCCAGAGAAGGAAAGUGUCCCCACUGUAGAGAAGAAAAGCAAGAAGCCCAAAAAGAAGGAGAAGAAACCCAAAGAGAGAGAGAGAGAGAAGAAGAAGAAGGACAAAAAGGGCGAGGACCUAGACUUCUGGCUCUCCACCACUCCACCACCUGCUGCUGUCCCCGUUCCUGCCCCAUCCACGGAAGAACUUGCUGUGAGUACUGUCACCCUGGUUAAGGACGAGGGUGAGGGACUCAGGAGAGAGGAGCUGGAGGACGAGGACGACAACAUGGAUCAUGACCAGGAAAGGAAAUCAUCCCGGCACAAGAAGAAGAAACACAGGAAGGAGAAGGAGGAGAGGCCACGAGACAAAAAGAAAGCCAAGAGGAAGCAGGCAGCGCCGCUGGAGAAUGGUGCAGCAGAGGAGGAGGAGCCCAUCCCGAUACCCACGAACGGCCAGGGCCCUGUCACCGCAGCUGAUGUCAUCUCUUCUUCCCAGCCCAUGUCCAGCUACUGCCUUCUGGCUGAGAAUUCCUACAUUAAAGUGACAUACGACAUCCAAGCCAGCCUACAGAAGGACAGCCAAGUGACCGUGUCGGUCAUCCUGGAGAACCAGAGCAACAGCUUCCUGAAGAACAUGGAGCUCAACGUGCUGGACUCGCUCAACACCAAGAUGGCCCGGCCGGAGGGUUCCACAGUGCAUGAUGGUGUGCCUGUUCCUUUCCAGCUGCCCCCUGGCGUCUCCAAUGAGGCCCAGUUUGUGUUCACCAUUCAGAGCAUCGUCAUGGCCCAGAAGCUCAAAGGCACGCUGUCCUUCAUUGCCAAGGACGACGAAGGGGCCACCCAUGAGAAGUUAGACUUCCGGCUGCACUUCAGUUGUAGCUCCUACCUGAUCACCACGCCCUGCUAUAGCGAUGCCUUUGCCAAGUUGCUGGAAUCAGGAGACCUGAACAUGAACUCUAUCAAAGUCGAUGGCAUUAGUAUGUCUUUCCAGAACCUCCUAGCAAAGAUCUGUUUCCACCACCAUUUUUCCGUUGUGGAGCGAGUAGACUCCUGUGCCUCCAUGUACAGCCGCUCCAUCCAGGGCCACCAUGUCUGCCUGCUGGUGAAGAAGGGUGAGAGCUCCGUGUCGGUAGAUGGGAAAUGCAGUGAUGCCACGCUGCUCAGCAGCCUGCUGGAAGAGAUGAAGACCACGCUGGCCCAGUGCUGAGUGACAGAGUCCAGGAUGCCCGACAGACCACAGACAGAUGUGAUGGGUCUUGCCUCUCUUCUCCUUUGUCAUGUGUACUGUCCCCACACCCAGCAUUAAUUUAAUGCCACUGGCCUCCACUGUGUGACUCUGAGGUCCUAUGUUGCAUCAACUUAUUUUAUUAUCCUUUUUUUAUUCUGACCCGCACUCCUUUGGCAAGAAAGGCCAUUCCAAUUCCAACCCUAGCCAGCAAGGGGCUCCCAGCUCCACUCCCCGUUCUUGAAGAUGGCUGUGGGGACUCCAGGCUGGCGGGCCUCUGGGUUUCCAGCAAACAGUGGGACUGAUGUGUCCACACUCUUCUGCCCCCAUGCUGCCUCUGGAGGAACCCUUCCAGCUGCUGCUGUCCCCAAAUAUCCUGACUGGUGGUGUCUGUGGAGAGGUGAGCAGGCCAGCUAUUACCACAUUUCUUGCUAGUGUCUGUGUGGCCAGAUGGGUGAAGUGUGCUUGUGGGUCAGCUCAGCUGCUGACAGCAGGGACAGCACUUUGAUUUUUCUUCUGUUCAACAGAAUUCUGGUGGGAUUCUGUUGAGGAGGUGGUCAGUGGAUGAGUGCAAUCCAUGCCCCUCAGUUUGUCACUACACAUCACGGGUUUGUCUCUGCGCUGUGCCACAGCUGUGGAAGGCCAAGUGCCUUGCAGUGGAGAGAGUGUGCAUCCUGGGAGCAUUCGGUGCUUACCCAGCCAUUCUGGGCAAGGUGAGGGACCCCAGCCUGGACACUCCCUAUAGCUGGGUAGCUGGGCACAAGCUGAGCCUUCCUCAUUGGUGGUGGUCUACAGACAUUCUGACUGUUCCUUUGAGGACUGCUGUCACUUUAGCAUGUAGAGUACUCUGUUACCGACCCCAGUGACCCUCCAGCUCUAUGAUGUUCCAUGAUUGAUUUGCUGCCGACAUUCCCGUGUGAAGAGAGAUAUAUCACGCUGAUGAUGAUCAGUGUCACAAUGACCCAAUAAAGAGUCGCAAAACA